UUUGGAACACAACCCAUUGAUCCGGAACAUCUUGGACUAUAAUCUCCAUGGCGCGAAAAUCUGAAGAUAAUCCGGAGUAAAAGAUUGGUUUAUUUAAAGUGACUAUUGUAUCAAAAUGGUUGGAAAACUCAAACAGAAUUUGUUGCUAGCAUGUCUUGUGAUCAGUUCAGUUACAGUGUUUUAUUUGGGGCAACAUGCUAUGGAGUGUCACCACAGAAUAGAAGAACGCAGCCAGCCAGUGAGGAUGGAAAGUGAGAGAAGCACAAUAAGAACAGUCUUUAACUUAAAAGCAAAUAAAACCUUUGCUUACAAUAAAGACAUGCCUUUAAUAUUUAUUGGAGGAGUGCCUCGAAGUGGCACUACUCUAAUGCGUGCCAUGCUAGAUGCUCACCCUGAUAUCCGCUGUGGAGAAGAGACUAGGGUAAUUCCUCGAAUCCUGGCAGUUAAACAGAUGUGGGCCCGAUCAAGUAAAGAGAAAAUCAGACUGGAUGAAGCAGGGGUGACAGAUGAAGUUCUGGACUCAGCCAUGCAAGCCUUUUUAUUGGAAAUCAUUGUUAAACAUGGGGAACCUGCUCCCUAUUUAUGUAAUAAAGAUCCUUUUGCUCUGAAGUCCUUAACUUAUCUUGCCAGAAUUUUUCCCAAUGCCAAAUUUCUUCUAAUGGUACGGGAUGGUCGUGCAUCGGUGCAUUCCAUGAUAUCUAGAAAAGUCACCAUAGCUGGGUUUGACCUUAACAGCUACAGGGACUGUCUGACCAAGUGGAAUCGUGCUAUAGAGACUAUGUAUAACCAGUGCAUGGAGGUUGGUUUUGAAAGAUGCAUGCUGGUACACUAUGAACAGCUUGUAUUACAUCCCGAAAGGUGGAUGAGAACUCUAUUAAAGUUUCUCCACAUUCCAUGGAAUCAAGCAGUGCUGCACCAUGAGGAAAUGAUUGGGAAAGCAGGUGGUGUGUCUCUUUCAAAAGUUGAACGAUCUACAGAUCAAGUAAUCAAACCAGUGAAUGUGGAAGCUUUGUCCAAAUGGGUUGGGAAAAUACCUUCUGAUGUUCUACAAGACAUGCCAGUGAUUGCACCAAUGCUAGCAAAACUUGGCUAUGAUCCAUAUGCCAAUCCACCAAAUUACGGAAAACCAGAUCAAAAGGUUCUUGAAAACACACGAAGGUCUAGCUUUCUUAAAAGCUCCUGAUGGUGCAGUAUGCUGACAUAUAAGAAGCAGAGAAAUUACAAAGAAGAAAGGUGGCCCAAACGAAGAUGCUGUAUGUUACACGUUCUGGCCGAGACUCUAAUUGAACCGUCUGGAGGAGCAGUACACAAGGUGCCGCUGGGGGACGAGAGGCAACAAUUGUUCAAAGCCCUCCAAUUUUCUGGGUUUGUCUGGGAGCCAAAAUGGCAUUUGGUGUAGCUUAGCAUGUUAGCAGCUAUUCUAAGUUAUGGCAUCUUCCUUGAGUCUACACAAACCAGAACGGCCCCACAUAGGGGCUUGCAGGAGCCAGAGCAGAGCUAAAUAUGACUACACAAUACUGCUAGCUGUCUCUUUUAGGAGCUACAAAGCUGAAAUGGAGAAUCCUUAGCCAUCUUUUUUUUUUACAUUUAAUAAAAACUGGUACAUAAUUUUGAUGUUUCUAGGAAAGCCGUCUCUGUCUCCUAACCUUGAUGAGCAGUCAGUCAACUGGUCAGCUACCUCAGAAAGGAAUAUCUUCUUUUUACUUUAUUCAGUAAAUCUUUUUGAAAACUUACAAGGGAGCCUUUAAUGUUAGAACUCUGUGCUGCUUCCCACUAUGUAGUCCACUUCUGGCUAUUUGAAAAAAAAUUGCCAAGUUGUAUAUGAAAUUCAGAUACACUUUUACAAAACCCCACCCAGUCACCAGUAUGCACUUCUAUAUUUUGCUCACUGUUCGAGCAGAAUACUAUUCAGGCAACUUUCCAGCUCUGUGAGGAUUGCAUGUUUUUUGCCAUCUUCGGAGGACAGGUUAGAGGAGGGAAGAGGUGAUUUGUAUAAGAAAAUCAAACACAUUUAUAAUAAUGGCCCCUACUUUAAGGUCUUUAACAAACCUAGGAAGAGGAGAGAAAAUAACUGAAUACCUUCUUAAAUCAGGAAGCCUGGUUUUGUUUAGUGUAAUAUGUUCUGUAUAAACUAACGUUUUUUUAAAUUAAUACUUAAAAGUGUUAUUUAGAUCUUGAACUGGUAGCUCCCAAAUGGAAUUAGAGCUGCAAGUGUUGAAAUACAGGAUAUAUGCUGUUUCAUUGCCUGCUUGGCUUGUAGAAUGUAUGUAUGUAAGAGCUGAAUAUGUAAAUAUCCUCCAAAAUUCCUAAUCAGAUUUUUCUCUUGCAUUGUAUUUUGGAAAAUGUUGCAGUACUGGUGCUUUUUAUGUAACAUCACAUGGGAUCUUUGGUUUAGAUUAUCUGUUUUGUGAAUAAGAAUUCACAUGAUAGGAAACUGACUGUUCAUAACUGAUGGAAGCAAAGAAUCCCUUCAGUUAUGAAUAUUUAAAAUGUCUGAAUCAAAUUUAGUUUUUCUUCAGUAUCUACAUUACAAAAAUGAAACACGUAGCAAAUUACAAUAUCACUCUUUUUUGCAUUAGUCUGAUCUGCUGUGCCCAGUGUGCUUAUGGAAAAUUAAUAAUGCUGUGUCUCUAGAGGGCUUCAUUGUGCGUUUGGUUCUGCCAUGAUAUUAAAAUACUAGCUGAGGAGGAUUUGUCUUUGGUAGUGUGUGAAUAACUGUACAGCUGUUUUCUAGGUGCUUGUUCCUGUAUCUCUUGCAUGAGAAUUUUAUUUUGUAAAAUUGUGACCAUUGUUCUCUGAACUGAUCAAAUAAAACAUUGCAAAAUGUAA